CGCGGUGGGCAGGGUCCGUCUCUGAGUGGUGCUAUGGACGCCCAGCGCGCGGAGCUCUGCGCUUUGGAGGCGGAGGUCGCGGUCCUGCGGCGGGCGUGCGACGAGCUGCCAGUUCCUUGGAGCGAGACGUCCAGAAUCCAAAAAUUAUUUCGAGAAAUACACCCUUCAGAUUCUGCAGGAGGGGAAUCUUCGGAAGAUCUGAGAAGUCAUGUUGGACGACUAGAAUCGGAACUUUCAUUUCUAAGUACAGUAACUGGCAUCAAUAUAAGGAAUUACUCCAAGCAGACAGAGGACCUAACAAGCACUGAGGUGACAGAAAAGAAUAUAAAGAAAGUUGCACAGAAAUACAGACUAUCAGGAAAUUGCCACAUGGUUACGUUUCAACUUGAGUUUCAGAUUCUGGAAAUUCAGGAUAAUGAGAGUUUAUCUUCUGUUAUUACUGACCUCAACAUAAUAAUGGAGCCCACAGAAUAUCCAGAACUAAGUGAAUUUGUAUGUAGAGUAGAAGAAAGAAGAGAUUUAUUCAUGUUUUUCCGAAGUCUGCAUUUUUUUGUGGAGUGGUAUGAAUAUCGUAAGCGCACAUUUAAACAUUUCAAGGAGAAGUACCCGGACACUGUGCGGCUCCCAGAGGGCGCCUGCUCCCGCUGCAUGAGCAUCUGCAGUGCCAGCCGGCCAGGAUUUGAGUUAGUAAUUGUUUGGAGGAUUCAAAUAGACGAAGAAGGAAAAGUCUCACCCAAGCUGGAUCUUCUCACCCAAGUCCCACAGAGAGCCCUGAAGCUGGACAAAAGCAGAGUCGUAGAGAUGGCUCCCCUUAGCUUCAGAUCGCUGCUAAGGGUGCUGGGAAUAGAAGCUGCUCUGGAAAGCCUGAUAAAACUGCUCUGCACAGAGAACGACUAACUCCUGACUGCGACUCGGUAGGGAUCUGGUGCCGCACUUGAGCAUAAACACUUGCUAUUUUCCACUCAGAAACCACACCCUUAGAAAAUGCUGUCUGGGCACUAAUGGCACAUUAUGUAAACUUUCAGGACAUGAAAAGUAAAUGUAGCUAUGUUAAGUACAAAAGGCCAGAAUGGUAUAUACAGUAAAAUGUUUUAGGAAAAUAUGGCAAA